CUGCAGAAGCAAGUGACAGAUGUCGCGCAACGUAGAAAAACACGCUGGCAGACUGAAUAGAUUGUGGUUGCAACGUUUAGAUGAAGAAAAUGCAGAAAAGAAUCCAAUAAGACCAGGCCUGGGAUCCUUACAUACAGCUGAGCAGGUGAAAAAGUGGAUGCCAAGUAUUAAGAAAGAUAUUGAUUUCUACUUGAAGCAAUCACAAGUCGGCUGUUAUCCUGAGGGGAAAAUCUCCGAGUUCUCUGAGAAGAUUGAAAGUUUAACAAAGGAGUAUAAGGCUUAUCUACGUAAAUACAGAACGCUUGGUGGAGAUAGAGAUAGUACACCCUGGUCUGAUCAACCAUACUUGAGAAAACACAAAUUUACAGAAGAUGCAGCAUCAGAGUGUGAUAAAGAACUCCCAAAAAAAUCACCUAAAGUUUCAGGAAACCAGGAUAAAUCAGAAAAAAAUGCAUUUAUUCCUAUAUCACUACCUAUCAUGGACAAUGAUGAUUGUAGCGAAGAUAUUUAUACAUACAGCAUCGUGAACAUUGCAAAACCUGUGGAAAUUGACAUUGAAGAAAACAAUCAGCCAUUACAAUUUAAUUGGAACAAAUAUAAGGCUUUAGAAUAUCACAAUGAAGGAGAUGAUAACAAAUGUAUAAGCUCUGAAAAUCAAAAUGAUCAUGAAUCUAACAGUUGUCUGUGUGUGACAAAUGAUUCAAGCGGCUAUUUAAAGUAUUCAGAGAAGUGUCCUAAUACAUGUACAGACUGCUCUGGGGUUUGUCUGAAGAAUGUGUGUAACUGUCCUGUUGGAAAUCAGUUUCAAGUGAUAGAUGAUGAUGUACGUAGAAAACGUUGGAAUGAUAACCUAUCAAAUAAUAAGAUUCCAUCAAAAUCUGAUGACUCUUUACAACUUCAAGUAAAUUCAGGUCAAACUUCUGCAGGGCGAAGUAGUAUUUUAAACAGUGUCAAUUUACAGCAUACAGAAAUAUUUUCUGAGAAUAAUUCAGCAAGUAAAAAUGUGGGAAACAUGCUUAAUCUGCCAUAUUCAGACUCAUCAAGUGAAGAUGACACCUGAGAGUUUAACAUAUUCAAUCUUGUCAAUGCAUUCUUA